AUGACAGACUCUGCACGCUGGAAAGCCACCGUCUACGUCGGCGGCCUCGCGCCCCUCGUCACAGACACGCACGUCUUCGACGCCUUCAUCCCCUUUGGCGACAUCGUCGAGGUGCAGCUCCCCAAAUCAGACGCCAGCUCGCAGGACCCCCACAAGGGCUUCGCGUACGUCGAGUACGAGGACAGCGCGGACGCAAAGGAGGCCAUUGACAACAUGGACCAGUCCGAGUUCUUUGGCAGGGUGAUCAAGGUGUCGCCGGCCAGGGCGCCCAAGAGUGCGGAUGAGGGAUUGGGAAGCAAAAAGGCGAUUUGGGAGCAGGAGAGCUGGCUUGCUGAGCAUGCGGCGGAGGAUGACGUCGCAAAUGAGUCAAAGCUUGAAGAACCGGCAUCAGAUCCCAUGCAAGGUCUCGAGGGGCUGGAUGUUGCGGGGCCCAAGCAGGAGUAG